AUGCCUCUGGGGCUGACGCUGGGCUCGCUGGGGCGGGCGAUGCGGCGGAAGCGGCUGUCCUCGCUCGACAUCCUCUCCUCCAAGCGGGCGCCGCGGGAUUACUACAAGGGCAAGAACUGCAAGCCCACCGGGUUCCACACCCGCAAAGGUGGUUAUGUGAUUGUUGAUGAAAAAUUACCAAGAUUUGUGGUCCCUGACUUGACUGAUUUCAAGUUGAAGCCAUACGUGUCACAAUGUGCCAGGGACCUCACAGCGUCGACAACAUCCUCUACUUCAGCAGAAAAUACUGAAAACAAGAGCUGA